UCCCGUCCCCCGCUUCACGUCCCCUCACCCCCUUGCGUGCAGUUACGCAUCCACCCACCGAACAGCAAACUGCCAACGACGAACGCGCACCCACUGAAAUUGUGGAAAGCAGCUCUCCUCGCGUGCCCACCAAAGAAGAACCAUCCCGCCAUCCCGCCAUAUCCUUUUUCGAUUCUCAAGAGCACGCACGAGAUAUCAUGCCUAUCCCUUUGUCUCGUGAUAUCAGGCUCCCGACGGAUGCAGAUGAUGGGCAGCUCGACAGACAGCUCAACGUUGGCGACGCGCUCAGCUACCUCGACGCGGUCAAGGUCCGCUUCAGCACCCAGCCGGACGUGUACAACCACUUUUUGGACAUUAUGAAAGACUUCAAGAGCGAACUCAUCGACACGCCAGGCGUGAUCCGGCGCGUUUCGACGCUCUUCCACGGCCACCCCGAGCUUAUCCAGGGCUUCAACACGUUCCUCCCCGUCGGCUAUCGCAUCGACUGCUCCAUGAACCCCCUCGAGCCCCACAUGAUCACUGUCACCACGCCCUCGGGCACGCUAUUCCAGACUGCCACUUUAAGCGAGCCCUCGAUGUUCGGUCCCGGCCCAUCUCUCCGCCCCUCCGACGCCCUCAUGUCCAGCGGCGGCUUCGCGGGCCCCAGCCGCCCGCCGUCGCCGCGCAGCAUGGUGGGGGACCACGAUAUCGAGAUGCGCGAGGGCGACGGGAGCGCGAUGGAGCCCGCGCUGCAGUACGUGCAGAAGAUCAAGCAGCGCUGCGACGAGGGGACGUACCGCCAGUUUCUCGAGAUCCUAGGGCGGUAUCACACGCAGGGGGACGUCAUCGACGAGAGAGAGGUGUCGGCGGAGAUCGCACGGCUGUUCAAGGAUGAUCCGGAUUUGCGCUCGGACUUUCGGGUGUUUAUGCCUGAGAAGGGUGGGCCCAUCUAUGAUGAUGGCGAGGAGAUGUACGGGCCGCCUGGGCGACGGACGCGCCCUGGCACGCCAUCGAGGGCUCGUCGUGGGGAGGCGUCGACGGCGAGUCUGCUGGAUGGCGCUGCGGGGAAUCUGCCGCAGAAGCGCAAGCGAAGAGCUGCAGAGAAGGAGCGCGAGAGGGAGAGGGAAAGAGAGCAGAGGGAAAGAGAGCAGAGAGAGAGGGAAAGGGAAAGGGAGGCGAUGGCUGCUGCUAAGGCUGCUAAGAGCGCAGCCAAUGGUGUCUCCGGACUCCGAUCCACGCAACAACCGCCCCUGCCCCACGGGCCCUCGCCUGUAGCUGGCCCAAGCGGCAGCGCAGACAUGCUCAACCAAGACGAAACGCACUUCUUCGAGCGCGUCCGCCGGCUCAUGCCGCGCGAGACGUACGUCGAGUUCCUAAGGCUCAUCAACCUGUUCACGCAGGGCUUCAUCGACACCGGCCGGCUCGUGCGCGAGAGCGGGCGCUACCUCGGCGAGGGGGAGCUCGCGCGGCAGCUCGCUGCGAUUCUGGGGUGGGACGAGAUGGAUAACAGGGAGCGGUUUUUGUUGGAGGAGACGCAGCAUUUGCAGUGGCUUGGGCGGGGGAACGGGCCGAUUGUGAGGCCUGGGCGGGUGAGGAGUAAUUUGCAGGCGGGGAGUUAUAGGCGGAUGCCUGCUAGUGAGGUGAACGUGCCGUGCUCGGGCCGCGACGAGAUGUGCAAGUCCGUGCUGAACGACGAGUGGGUGUCGCACCCGACGUGGGCGUCCGAGGACACGGCCGGGUUCGUGACGCAGCGCAAGAACGUGUACGAGGAGGCGCUGCACCGCUCCGAGGAGGAGAGGCACGAGUACGACUUCCACAUCGAGGCGAUCGCGCGGACGAUCGCUCUCCUCGAGCCCAUCGCGAACAAGAUCGCGCAGCUCGCGCCCGAGGACCGCCCCGUGUUCAAGCUCAAGGCGAACCUCGGCGGGCAGGGCAAGAGCAUCCACGCGCGCGUGAUCAAGAAGAUCUACGGGCGCGAGGCGGGGCUGGAGGUGCUCCAGGCGAUGCAGGAGAACCCGGUCGCGGCGGUGCCGGUGGUGAUGCACCGGCUGAAGCAGAAGGAGGAGGAGUGGAAGCGCGCGCAGCGCGAGUGGAACAAGGUGUGGCGGGAGGUGGACGCGCGCAACUAUGCGCGCAGUCUUGACCACCAGGGCAUCACGUUCCGCCUUGCGGACAAGAAGGCGGUCACGACGAAGGCGCUUGUGGCGCAGAUCGAGGUCGCGCGCGAUGCGGCGCGGCAUAGGCGCGCGAGCCUCGUGGACCCGCUGUUUGGGCGGGCGCGCCCGCGGUACCAUCUUGCGGCGGCGCUGCCGGAUGUGCUGGUGCUGCAGGACGCGACGAAGCUCGCGCUGUCGUUUUUGGACCGGACGCAGGGGCAGAUCGGCGCGCAGGAGCGGAGGCGGGUGGAGUUCUUCUUGAGGACGUUUGUGCCGCUGUUCUUUGGGCUGGACGCGGACGCGUUUGAUAGGGCGUUUGUGGUGCAUCAUCAUGUGCCGCCUUCUGCGCCUGUUGCUGUUGCUGUUGCUGUCGCUGCUUCUGCUGAUACCCCUGCCUCUGCGGUCCCUGCGGAUGGCGACGCGGGAGCGGGCGACGAUGCGGCGAGCAGUGUGGGUGACGAUGUUGAGGUGGCGAGUGCGGCUAGCGGCGGUUCGGCUUCGUCUAAACGGAGCAAGCGCGGUGGGGCGAACGGCGGGGCGGCAGUCGGUGCAGGCGGGGACUUAAGGAAGAAGCUCCUCAAGAGCGAGCAGGCCAAGUCGACGAGCCGGAAGCGCGGCGGGCAGGACGGGGCGUCGCCGGUGCCGUCGAGGUUUGCGUCGCCUGCUGUGCAGGAUGUGGGCGCUGGUUCGAGCGCUGGUGCUGAUGCCGGGCUUGCGGCUGGUGCCGGUGCUGGUGCUGGUACGGAAGAAGGGAAGGGCGAGAGUUCUGCGUCGGCGGGGUCGAAGAGGCCGAAUAAGAGCGUGUUUUUUGCGAAUACGACGUUUUAUACGCUGUUGCGGUUGUUUGAGAUCCUGUACUCGCGCCUCUCGUACUUCAAGGAGCUCUCCAUUGAGCUCGCCAGCGAGGCGUCGCCUAGUCCCGCGAAGCGGCGCAAGCUGUCGCCGCCCGAGUCGGCCGAUCGGACGACGGCGUCUUCAUCCACUACGACCGCGACAGCAACGGUGACGGCUAGUGCCAGCCAGGCCGCCACAAGUAGCAAGCCAGCACAUGCAGAGCAAUUUUAUGAUGUGAUGCUCGAAUCAUGCGAGCGCCUGUUCGACAACGAGAUCGAGGUGCACGCGUUUGAGGACCAGAUGCGGGCUAUGUUCGGUAACCAGGACGCGUACAGGAUCUUUACGAUUGACAAGGUCAUCGGCGCGCUCAUCAAGCAGGUGCAGAUCGCGCUCAUCGAUCCGCGGUGCCAGGAGCUGUUCGAGCUGCUCAAGCGGGACCGCGACCUGCCCGCACCGACGAUGCAGGAUAUGUUGAACAGCCGCCGGGCGGCUGAGAAGACGCUCGGGCCGGACGAGAAUAUUUUCAGGAUUGAUUGGAUUCAGGACGCGAAGAUGAUGACGAUCCAGCUGCUGGGCAAGGACGACGAUACCGUUGAUUCGGAGAUUAUGACGGAGAGGUGGCAGGCGUAUGUCGAUGCAUUUGUCUCGGGAGAGUCCCCGGAGAACCUCGCUUCACGCGCUCGUCAACCUUUCCUCAAAAAGCAUGCACCAAAACCGAGCACCUCUCUCCCUUACGUCCUUGCUGAUGGCGCCCUCGAGAUGCGUGUCUGCGUGCGGACCUAUCGCGUAUUCUACGUCUCGCAUACGGAGGACUUCCUGUGCAGCCUUCCUCGCCGCUCUCAGUCGGCUGCAUCAAGCGUUGGUGAGCCGGACAAGGGCAAAGAGAAAGCAGAUUCGGGAUUACCCGAAGAAGGCGAGGCAGAUUUCAAGAAGCGGUUGGAGCGGAAGGACGUGAUGAGGAGGCGGUGGAUGGAAAGCGUCGGACGAGGGGAGUGGCCGGUGCCGUCCAAGAAGGUCGUGCCUGUUGAUAGCGCUGCGGAUUCGGGGAGUUCGUCGUCAGCAUCGCAGGCUCCUGGACCAGUGGCGACCGUGGCGACGACGGCUGCGGCUGCGCCAUAGCUUGUAUUUUGGUGAUGUGUUCCCAUAGUCUGAUGUGUUUGAGCUCGUUCGUGUCUCAGUUUACUUGUUUGCUAUAGUAUGUUUCUAGGUGGAAUGGUUUAAUGCACG